AUGGAGGCUUGUGGUUUUGAAUUCAUAUGGGCAAGUAAUAAUGGUAGUAGCACUGGUGGUAGAACUCUUGGUGGUGGCAAUAAUAAUAAUGUUGAUGUUGUAGGGGGAAACACUCCUUUACGUAAUAAUAAAAAUAAGGGUAUACAAAAUGAUAAUGGGAAACUCCUUAAAAAACUUGAAGAAAGUCAACGACAAAAAAAUCAAAAUUAUCAAGAAUCAAGUACUAAUAAUUUACAUGUUAGUAAUCAUCCUUUAG